CCGAAGACAUUGUGAAAGUGCUUGAAUUUGCAGAAAUAUAUUUUCUUCGUUUCCAGAUUUUCUAUAGAGUUUUAUGUACCGAUCGCAGAGUGAAUGUUAACUAAAGAUUCAUAUCAACCUUCAGUAAAGUUCUGAGCUCAAUAUACUUGAAAAUAAGACGAGGAACGAUGGAAGAUCUUCGCAUCCACGCAGAUGACAGCAUGUCAAUGGACCAGUCAGGAUUCGAUGCAGACGUAGAUGAAGACAUGAUAGAUCCUAAUGGUAGCUUAAUGGACCAGGUCAUGGAUGUCCUUCAUUCUGGUGGUUCAUUCACAAUCAGAGGAAUCUUGAACAGCAUUUUAAUGUGCUCAUCUAACAUUCACGUCCAAGACUGCCUCACAUCGCUAGCCUCACAAGGACUAGUAGAAGUAGUUGGGACUAAUCCUAUUAGAUGGCAACUGGUAGGAGGACCUUCAAAACAGCCGACUCCACCCAAGGAAAGUAAUCUUUGUCACUCCCCAAACCCAUCAAUGCAAUAUAGGGUUACAUCUGCAAAUAAUCCCUUUGAUGGUGAUCUUAACUCAAAGCAAGGUCCACCUAGAGGAGUAUCAAACCUGGACCAAUUUGAAAAUAAUUCAUUUGUUAGUGCCAGACAAUACAGUUCUGAUGUCUUUACUUCUCAGCUAGGAAGAAGCCAUUUUGAAAACAACUCAGUCUCUCCACACGAUAAAACUGGUUUCCAAAAACAAGCCAACAUAGGAUGUCCUCCACCUCCUUCGGCCGAGCUGUUUAAGUCUUUGAUGUCACAGUGCAAGUUCCCUUCAGCACCAGUCAAGCAGGCAGGCAGUAACACGAGAAACUCGGAGCCAGCUCUAAAAAAUAAUCGAGGAUUUUUUAACUCUUCAGCAAGUAACCACUUCUCUGCAUCAACGUCUGCAGAAGAAGCCGAUAAUUAUCAUCCAUUGGUUGGAAACUUUGGUUUUGGGUCUAAGCAUUCGUUCAGUAAUUUUCCACAAAGUGGAACAAGCCCUCCAUCUCUUAUGAAUGUUUCUACUCCUCCUGGAAGUAAAUAUCCUGAUAAUAAUUUUUCUCCAAGAAUUGCCCAUCCACCCUCUGGCAGCUCUUCUUUUGGCCAAGACAAUUCUCUUCCAGGACAAGCCAAAAAUAAUCGUUCUAUUGUAAAAGGAAACAAUGCUCCUUCUAUUGCUUGUAACUUCAACCCAUCUUAUGGUCAAGAUAGUUUCUUUUCUCAACCACAUGGAAAAAGUUUUGGUACCUUGAAUCAAGAGGAAAUAAGAUCUCAAAAAACAGCUCUUAGAGAAGAUGCAGGGAACCAUUUUGAAGAAAAUAGGCAGCAGAGCUCAAGCUUUCCUCGACCGCCUUCUGCACAAAUGUUCGAGACGUUGGUAAAGAAGGGUCCACAGUCAUCAAAGCCAGUGUCUUCCAAGAAUCAAAUCAAAAAACUGACAGAGUUGGAGUCGAAGGUGUUAGACUUUAUGAAACAGACAGGAAAGCAGUGUGAUACCUUACAGAUAUCACGUGGUGUUGGAUUGAGAACCAAAAAGGACGUCAAUCCAUCUUUGUAUCGUAUGCAGACUAUGGGGUUGAUUGUAAAGGUGCACGACAAACCACCAACCUGGAAGACAAGACCCGAGAACUUAAGUCUGGUGACGAGUGAAGUUCAUGGGAGCACCACGACUGGUAAGCGGUUUUCUACCAAAAACGCAAACCCCCUUGGUUCUGGAAUAACAAACUAUCCUCAUACCUUCACUGAUGAUAGAAUGCAGAGCACAUCUCAGCCAAUCAAUCCUCUUGGCAAGAGAACUUUAUCAUUAGAAGAUCGUCAACCACAAAAGGUAGUUCACUACGAAGGCACGCCUGACACUCACAAGUCAUUAUCGCCAUCUUCUCAGCCAGAAGUGCAGACCCAAGCGCUGUCAAAAGUAGUGCAUUCAGCGAUCAAUCAAAACCCAGUAAGUGCGUUGAAUGAAUAUGCACAGAAAAAUCGCUUGGAUUUGACAUUUGAGGUCAUCAAUGAAGGGAGAAAUUUCAAUAAGCCGCCUUUUACAAUUGCUGUAGUUUUGGGUGGCCAAAUGUACCCUGCUGCUACCUCAUCAAAUAUGAAAGACGCGAGAAGAGAAGCAUGUGAUAUGGCUCUUAGAGCUCUUCUUGGCCACAACCUAGACCCAGGAAGCCCAACCAACCAGUUAAACCUGUCUCAGCCUAAUUUAUCAAGUCUAAACUGCGCAAGGACCCACUUUGAUAUGAUUGCAGCACUUUCACAGCAUGCAUUUGUCCAGCUUGCUGCCACUAUUCCUGACAAAUUUGCCGGGAGAAAGGUAAUCGCAUGUAUUGUGAUGAAAAAAGGAGCUCAAGAUCCUGGUAUCGUUGUAAGCCUUGGCGCAGGAAACCGCUGUGUUACUGGCCAGCGGUUGAGCAUGGAAGGCAAAGUUGUGAAUGACUCCCACGCAGAGAUCGUUGCUAGGAGAUCUUUGCACCGGUUCUUUUAUUCUCAGCUCAACAGCUUCUACGAUGGCCAUGAGUCUAUCUUCGAGAAGAUGAACAAUGCGACCCUUCUGAAACUCAAGGAAGGCAUUUCAUUCCAUUUGUAUAUCAGCACGGCCCCCUGUGGCGACGGAGCACUGUUUACUCCAAGGCUCGACGAUGUACUAAAAGAACCAGAAGCUCAAGGUCACCAACAUUCCCCAGAAUUCUCAGCCAAAUCUCAAGGAAUUCUAAGGACAAAGAUAGAGGACGGUGAAGGCACUAUUCCGAUUGAUACAAACGAAGGUCCUCAAACUUGGGAUGGUCUUCUUCGUGGGGAGAGAUUGCGUACCAUGUCCUGCAGUGAUAAGAUCUGUCGGUGGAACGUUGUGGGACUUCAAGGCGCUCUUUUAAGCCAUUUCAUAGAGCCCAUUUAUUUAGAGUCCCUAACCUUGGGGUACCUAUAUGAUCAUGGGCAUCUAUCGAGAGCUGUGUGCUGUAGAUUGCAACACAAGGUUGAUCUUGUUGGCGAACUGCCAAAGCCAUUCAAAAUCAACCACCCCUUACUCGGYCGUGUCACUGCAUAUGAAGCAACAAGACACACCGAAAAGACGAACAAUAUGAGCGUAAAUUGGACCACCAAUGACACAGCAGCGGAAGUGACGGAUGGACGAACGGGGGCGUGUUUGUCGAGAACCAAUAACAGUCCUACGCCAUCGCGUAUCUGUAAGGCAUCGUUAUACAACUUGUUCAAAGAAAUCUGCGCCAAAGCACAGAGAAAUGAUCUGCUUCACUCAGAGACUUACAGAGAGGCAAAGGAAAGAGCAACAGGUUUUCAGAGCGCAAAGCGUUUGAUGUUCGAGUGUUUUAGGAAGUCGAAGUAUGGGUCUUGGGUUAGCAAGCCACCAGAGCAAGAAAUGUUCUGAAUAGUCAUGCAUAAGUUUCACAGCGCAAAGCGUUUGAUGUUUUACAGGGACGGCGGGGCUGGGGAGGAGGACUUAGGGCUAUAGCCCCACUAAUAAUUUUGUCGCUAUUUUGGAUUUAUUCGCUUAUUUUCUUUUUGAUAUAAAGUUCAGUAUUUUGAAGAGAUAUCUGAAAUAUUAGCCCCCCAAUCCAAAACGCGCUCCGCGGCCCCUGUUUUAGGAGGUGGAAGUUAGGGUCUAUAAAAAGGAAAUGUCGCAACAUGCUUCUCCUUCAGUAAUGGAUUAGAGUCUUGAUUGAUAUUACAUUACCUAUCUUGA